ACCUCAUUCUAUAAAAAAAUUACAUCUAUUACUUUUUUUCAUCACGAUCAAGUAGAAAUUAACUCAUCUUGCAUGUAACAUAGAUCAAAGAUUACACAUGCAACCAAUGGUUUUUAAGAUGGUUACUCGGGUUGUGAUCAACCAUUUAAUUUAUCUCUUUAUUUAAUUUUUGGAUGUGUAGGGACUUUAAAUAAGAACAAUCUAUUUAGAAAAAUUAAAAUAUAAAAUAUGUCUGACUCUUUUAUAUGAAACGAGUAAAUUUUAGGACGAACGGAGUAGUUUGUGAUUGAUUUGUCGACAUCUGGAGGCGUCAUGCAAGAUGUCACAUCCAUAGAAAAUUGCCACUAGUGUCGGGUAUAAUAAAGUCUACUGUCCUGGGCAUUCACCGGAGACCGGGCACAGCAGUAGCAGCCAACGGCCGCGCCGCCACAACAUGGCGUCGUUUCUUUCCCGCGCCGCCGCCGUCUCCCUCCUCGCCAUCGUCCUCGUCCUGACUGCCGCCACGUCCACCUCCCCUGCGGCCGCGGCCGCUCGGUUCCCGGAGGAGGCGCGCCCCACGAGGUCGGGGUACCUCAACGUCACGUCCACCAACUCACUCUACUUCGCCUUCUACGAGGCCACCGACCCGGUCACCACGCAGCCGGCCGCCGUGCCGCUCCUCGUUUGGCUCCAGGGCGGCCCCGGCUGCUCCUCCCUCAUCGGCAGCUUCGCCGAGCUCGGCCCCUACCUCCUCCUCGACUCCACCUCCGCCCUCGCCCGCAACGACAACCGGUGGAACCGCCGCUUCGGCGUGAUCUUCAUCGACAACCCGCUCGGCGCCGGUUUCAGCGCGCCUGCCUCCGGCGACGACAUCCCGACCGACGAGCGCACCAUCGCCGCGCACCUCCUCGCGGCCCUGCAGUCGUUCAUGGCGCUCGAUCCGGCCUUCCGCGCGCGCCCGCUGUUCCUCACCGGGGAGAGCUACGCCGGCAAGUACAUCCCCGCGGCCGCGUCGCACAUCCUCGACGCCAACGCCAAGCUCACGGACGACCGUAGGGUGAACCUCCAGGGCAUCGCCAUCGGCAACGGCAUGACGCACCCGGUGGCGCAGGUGACCGUGCACGCCGACCAGGCCUACUUCGCCGGGCUGAUCAACGCCGAGCAGAAGGCCAAGGUCGAAGAAAUGCAGGACAAGACGGUAAGCCUGAUCAAAUCCAAGAAGUGGGCCGCGGCGAGGAGGGAGAGGAACAGGAUCAUAGCGUUCCUCAAGAACGCCACCGGCGUCGCUACGCCGUUCAACUACGCGCGGGAGAAGGGGUACCCGACGCGGCCGCUCCGGGACUUCCUCAACACCGGCGAGGCGAAGGCGGCGCUGGGCGCGAGGAGCGACGUGGAGUGGGCGCGCUGCAGCGAGGCCGUGUCGGCGGCGCUCGCCGACGACAUCAUGAGGAGCGCCAGGGGCGACGUGGAGGCCGUCUUCCUGGCGCCGGAUGGCGUCCGGGUGCUGCUGUUCCAGGGCGUGUUCGACCUGCACAGCGGGCCGGCGUCCGUGGAGGCGUGGGUGAGGGAGCUGGCGUGGCCUGGCCUGGGCGCGUUCCUCGCCGCGGAGCGCGCCGUGUGGCGGCUCGGGGACGAGCAGCUCGCCGGGUACGUGCAGAGGUCGGGGGCGCUCGCGAAUGCGGUCAUCGUCGGGGCCGGGCACAUGGCGGCCGGCGACAACCGGCCGGCGGCGCAGGCGAUGAUCGAGGGAUGGGUGUUGCAGACGGGGCCGUUCGACGGAAGCGGUCAACGAGUCGUUGGCUCCUUAUUCUGACUUACGGGUGGGCUUGAUUUUGACUGAAAUAAAUGCUUUUUGGUACUCGUACACAUAUGCUGUUUUAACUAACAAUAUCUAUAUAAAAGUAAUAUAUUUCAAAUAAAAAGAGUUGUAUUUUAUGAUA